AAUGUUAAAUUACCAAUUGUACAUGUGUGUCACUCGGUUGGUCGCCGAAAAGAGUCCAUCUGCAUGGCUGAAUGUGUAACUGGCGGUGUAUGGCUGUAUGAUACGGUAGCGUUCAAAUUACCUUCUCUCUUUACAGCAAAGCGGAUUUGAAGCGCACGUGCUAAUGUAACUAUAGCAGCGACUAAAGCCGAUCCGGACCGUGGCUUCUAAUCCUGUAAAUGCAGCUGGAUGCUUGGGUGGGGCUGACGCAGAUGACAGAGGACGGGAGUGGAGCCCUUCGGAUAAGCCCAACCGCACUGGCUCAUAUUUAAAGCACCGCGGGCUGUCCGUGGGCGCAGCCAUGACCAAGCCCGAGACGAAGAAGAGCGGCGGCAGGAGCUCCUCCGCCGCCCCCGCUGUCAAGCAGGACGACAACGGCGCACUGGAGGUCGGCUGUCCGGACUCGAGCCCGAGCGGCAAAGUCAAGGUGAUGAGGCAGACCUCCAAGGAGAGCCUGCACCGGAGGCACGCGGAGUGCGAGGUGUACGACGACGGGACCAACACCUUUUUCUGGCGGGCUCACACUCUAACGGUGCUCUUCAUCCUGACCUGCGCUCUGGUCUACAUCACACUGUUGGAGGAGACUCCUCAUGACACGGCAUACAACACUAAGAGGGGCAUCGUGGCCAGCAUCCUGGUCUUCCUCUGUUUUGGAGUCACGCAGGCCAAAGAUGGACCUUUCACCAGACCACACCCAGCUUACUGGCGGUUCUGGCUUUGUGUGUCAGUCGUGUACGAACUCUUCCUCAUCUUCAUCCUGUUCCAGACGGUUCACGAUGGCCGCCAGUUCAUGAAGUACAUUGAUCCCAAAUUAGGGGUACCCCUCCCCGAGCGCGACUAUGGUGGAAACUGCCUGCUCUACGACCCAGGGAAUACCACCGACCCCUUCCACAACAUCUGGGACAAAAUGGAUGGCUUUGUUCCAGCGCACUUCUUGGGCUGGUACAUCAAAACUCUAAUGAUCCGGGACUGGUGGAUGUGCAUGAUCAUCAGCGUCAUGUUUGAGUUCCUGGAAUACAGCCUGGAGCACCAGUUGCCCAACUUCUCCGAGUGCUGGUGGGACCAUUGGAUCAUGGAUGUGUUGCUGUGCAACAGUUUUGGGAUCUACUGUGGGAUGAAGACGCUGGCUUGGUUGUCCAUGAAGCCAUACCAGUGGCAGGGCCUCUGGAACAUUCCUACAUACAAGGGUAAAAUAAAGCGAAUAGCAUUCCAGUUCACGCCGUACAGCUGGGUGAAGUUUGAGUGGAGGCCGGCUUCAAGCCUUCGUCGCUGGCUGGCUGUACUCGGCAUCAUCUUCAUGUUCCUCCUGGCAGAGCUGAACACUUUCUACUUGAAGUUCGUGUUGUGGAUGCCUCCUGAACACUACCUGGUGCUGCUCCGUCUCGUCUUUUUCGUCAAUGUGGGGGGCGUGGCCAUGAGGGAGAUCUACGACUUCAUGGACGACCCGAAGUUCCAUAAAAAGCUGGGCCAGCAAGCGUGGCUGGUUUCUGCAAUCACAGUCACAGAGUUCCUCAUCGUGGUCAAGUACGACCCCAACACCAUCAUGCUGCCCAUCCCCUUCUUCGUCAUAGAGUGCUGGUUUUUAGGAAUCUUCCUCAUCUUCAUCUGGACUCUGUGGCGAUUCUUCAUCCGUGACAUCACACUCCGCUAUAAAGAGACUCGGCGGCGCAGGCAGGAAGUGCGCGCCGACUUGGACCGGCCUUUGGGUAACGGCAGCACAGCCGCCCCGUCCGGACGGAGCAAGCUGAACGGCAGCUCUGAGACGCUGCGGCAGAGGAAAUCCUGAGGCUGGACGUCACGCCCCGACAGCUGACCAGGAAAGGAGGGGUUUUUACGGAAGGAGAUUUGUUACUUAGAGGCAAGCAGGUGGACACACAGUGCCGUUUAGGUUUGUUCUUGUGCCUACAUCAACCAAGUAGUGGUGAAGCCCAGGCAGAUUGGUCUGUUGUGUAGUUAGUUUCAGACGAGGAUCCGCCUCAUUCUGUUACCUUUUUCUUUGUAAACAUUCGUGAAGUUGUGCAGAGGAAACGAAGCGUUUUGGAGAUACUGCUGUCCGGAGGAAGAGGGCGGGGCAUGUGGGCGGUGCUAUGGAAGGGUUGUGGAAUCUACACUUUUGACUAAAAUUCAACAAUAAUUUCCCUUUUUUCUCAGCUGCACUUUAUCUAGAGAAGCGGAAGGCGGCGUCUCAGUCCACGCCUGAAAUAAUGUUUGUGGUGCGAGUGAGGAAAGGAGGUUUUAACGCUGAUUUUACUGGUUGAAGUGACUGACCUGCGUUCUGUUUGUACACUGCUGUGCGUUUUUCUGUUACAUUUGUGAACCGCCGUGACACCAGUUCUACUCACUACAAUGCUGGACAUUUGCAAUAGUAGGUACAUGAGACGUUUAUUUUGUUUACAUGAGCAAAACGAUCGGUUUGUGAGUCUGGGGGCGUUUCUUUUUUCCUUUUUUUUUGUCUGACAUUGAAAGCAGCACUGACCAAAAGCCAUUCUCUUCUCUCAGGCUUUGCUUUCAAAGAAAAGAAAAGGUUUUGGAGAGGUGAGAAACAACAAAAAAUCAGACGGCUUUAUGGAGUUUCUUUUUAAACUGAAGUAAAUAAGCUUUAGAAAUGGGAUGUUUCAUAUUUUUUUGUAGAUUUUAUAGAGUUUAUUUAAAAAACAAACGUCAGACUUUUUUAGAAACACUAGACGGUGUUUGUGUCGCGCUCCAAAAGAAACCUGACUAUCAUUCAGCCACUUCGCAGGAAAAAAUGUGUUCAACAUAAAUCAACUUUAUUUUAUAAGGAAAAAAGACGGUUCAGGUGUUUGGAAACACAUCAACCUUCAUUCUCAACUGCUGUUAGCUCACUAAAAAUCAGAUGUUUCGUUUCUUUUUCUCGUUGUGACCAAAGUGAAUCUAUUUGUGACCCUUCACAUGUGGAGUCAGGCCGACGUCAUCCAUUUUCCAAUCAGUAUAAUGUGACUAUAAGCUGUUCCAAUCAUUAAGCUUUUAUUUUUAUUUUAUUAAACUGACCUUUUUGAUUUUUUUCUGUCAUAAUUUUUCACCUCUUCUUUUCUUCAAAAUGUGAUUCCUGUGCACAUUUAAAACUCCUUGAAAUAUUUUGUUGCGUGGUCAAAGAGUGUAUUUAUUCUCUGCUGUCUUAAAUCACUUUUAUUCCUUAAUUUGCCUCUUAAUUGAAUAAAGGGGAUAAGAAAGCGGGCUGGCGGAGGGGGUUUAUUUUUUGAAAAGCUUAAAUCGGUGGAUAAAAUAGUAAAUCUUAAAAUUUUAAAAAUUGAGCCAUGAAGGAAGUUUUUAAAAAUGAAAGUUUCCCUUUCAGCCACAUGGGGGCGCUGUAUGUCCGGAUGGUUCUGCCCUGUGCUGUCAGGUCUCCUCAAUGAUUGACAUAUUGCUGUAAAUGCCAUCUUGUGUGAAUUUACUGUCAGGACUUUAAAGAAAAACUGCUGCUGCUCUGUGUAAUUUUUUUUAAAAACAUUUUCAAUAAAAUCUAUGGGAAGUGUGA